CCAAUCACAGCCAGCCAGCUGUGCCAGUUUCUCCUUCGUUCCAUCAUCCCCUACUUUCUCUGCUACUGCUUUUGCUGAAGCUUCCAUUCUUUUAUUCUCUGCCCCAAAAAACCCAAAUUAAAUAUUCAAAUUAAUUUUUUACUUUCCCUUUAAAUAAUUUGGAAAUUAGGGCUUUUAUUUUGUGUUUUUUUUUCUGUCGUUUCUUCUCCAAUUGGAAAGUGGAAGCCCCAACUUUUAGCUCAGAGAUUGAAUUUCUCAAUUAUUCGUACGAACAAGUCAGAGAUCGCCGCCCAAAAGCCUCCAAAUUUCCACUUUCUGUUGUUGGUAAAUUUUCACUGCUGCUUUGUAGUUAGAAUCUUCAUUUGAUUCAAUUUGGUUUUUAAUUUCACUUUUUUUGCUGCUGUGAAAGGUUAAUUACUGUUCUUUGAUCGGUUUUUGCUCGACAAUUUGCAGGAUUCAUAAUGGCGAUGGGGUAUAGGCCGGUGUCAAUGGAGGACUUGCCGUCACAUUUGGUUUUAGAAAUCUUGAGCUCGGGAAGGCUUAAUGCCAUUGAUCUUCUACGUUUAGAGUUAACUUCUAGGACAUUUGGAGGGAGUCAGUGCUUAUACCCUCACAAGUUUCGGUCAUUGGUGGAUUUUGCUGCAUAUCAGCUAUGCGUGUCCCAUUCUGUAUAUGCUAAAAUGGAAGGGGAUGCUCAGAGUGAGCUAUUUAAUCGGUGUGGUGGGAAAUGGAAGCGGGUUUUGAGGUUCUUGCAAUCGGUGGAGCAAUCAUCUGACAUGGUUGAGACCUCAGCAGGCAAUAUGCAAAUUACAACUGGACGGUAUCACACAUUGCUAAUCAGCAAUUCAUCAUUGUACUCAUGUGGUGCCAGCUUGUGUGGUGUUCUUGGUCAUGGCUUUGAGACUAAGCAAUGUGUAACAUUUACCCGGAUUAAUUUUCCAUCUCCAGCGCAGGUGGUCCAAGUCUCAGCCUCCCACAACCAUGCUGCUUUUGUUAUGCAAUCUGGAGAGGUUUUCACAUGUGGGGAUAAUUCAUCAUUUUGUUGUGGGCAUAAAGAUACAAACCGGCCAAUUUUUAGGCCUAGGCUUGUUGAGGCAUUGAAAGGACUUCCUUGCAAGCAGGUUGCUACAGGGCUUAAUUUUACCGUGUUUCUUACAAGACAAGGUUGUGUUUAUACAUGUGGGGCCAAUACACAUGGUCAACUUGGUCAUGGAGACACCAUAGAUAGCCCAACUCCCAAAAUGAUUGAAAUGCCCGAGGGCAUUGGUUCCAUUGUUCAGAUUGCUGCUGGUCCGAAUUACGUCUUAGCUGUAACUGACAAUGGACUAGUGUACUCUUUUGGGUCAGGUUCUAACUUCUGUCUUGGCCACGGAGAGCAGCAUGAUGAGUUUCAGCCACGUGCAAUCCAAAAAUUUAAAAGACAGGGUAUUCAUGUGGUUCGAGUCUCUGCAGGCGAUGAGCAUGCCGUGGCACUUGAUUCCAAUGGAUUUGUACAUACUUGGGGUAAGGGCUACUGCGGUGCAUUAGGCCAUGGGGAUGAGAUUGACAAGACCACCCCAGAACUCUUGACCAAGCUCAAAAGCCACCUCGCUGUGCAGGUAUGUGCUAGAAAGCGGAAGACCUUUUUCCUCUGCGACAAUGGUUCAGUAUAUGGUUGUGGUUGGAUGAGCUUUGGUAGCCUUGGAUUUCCCGACAGGGGAUUAUCUGAUAAGAUCUUGAGCCCUCGAAUCCUCGAUAGCUUAAGAGCUCAUCAUGUUUCUCAGAUUAGCACUGGGCUGUACCAUACUGUUGUUCUCACUAACCGCGGACAACUCUUUGGAUUUGGAGAUAAUGAAAGGGCACAACUCGGGCACGACACAUUGCGAUGUUGCCUUGAACCAACUGAAAUCUUCAUACAAGAAACGGCUGAUGACAUGGAUCGUGUUACAGAAUGCCUCUGACCUCAGGGAAAAACCAUCUGCUUUGUGGAGUUGUAUGAUUUCUUAUGACCUUAGCAAACACCAUGAGAUUUCCUGCCAUAAUUUGAAUCGAAUUUGUUAAGUAUAGGGUAAAUAGCUUUUGUGUAUCUGUGAGAUGAAAAUGUUGAAGGCGUUACAUGAUAAUUUGUGUGUGAUAUUUGUUGUGGGAAAUUAGAUUGCGUAUAAUAUAAGAAGUACAGCUACGUUGUGUGUUCA